UGCGGCAUGUAGAAACUACGACGUCUCUAAAGUCCGAGAAAAGAACCUUUAAACUGCCGUGAAACCGCAGGACUUGAUUUUGACCCUUAGAGCUAAGUUACCUAGGAAGUGCUAAAACUCUAAAGCCGCACUGCUGAAACCAAGCAUCUCCUCCAGGUAAGGAGUCCCUGGUUUAUUGACAGUCCCCAAGGUGCUGGUGUCCCACACUUGGUGAAAGAGCAGAACAGGCUGGUUUCAAGUAGCAUGUCUGGUGGAGAGAUGAUACCCCUAUCUGCUGCCUUUACAAGGGGCUCUAAGGCCAGAGCAAGUCUACCUGUAGGCCACUCAAGUGGUCAGACAAGAGGUUGGCCGUUAGGUGUGCUGUUCCUGCAGUAUGGGGAGGAAACAAAGAAAGUCUGGGUGCCCACAGAAAUCAGCAGUCAGGAUGCUCUUCGGGCUUUGUUUGUUACCGCUUUCCCGCAACAGCUCACCAUGAAGAUGCUACAGUCUCCAAACAUGGCCAUCUACAUCAAAGAUACCACCCGCAAUGUUUACUAUGACCUGGAGGAUAUUAGAAACAUCACCCCCAACUCCUUCCUGAAGGUGUAUCAUAAAGACCCUGAACAUGUGUUCAAACAUCAUGCCAAGUCUGCCAGUGUAGGAGGAAAGAUCCCCAGAGAGGUGUUGUAUGGCAGUCACAGUCCAGUCCACACUUUGUCAUCAUCCAGUCGUGGCACCCUCCAAAGCCUGCAAGGUUCCAUGUCUCCACCCAUGGCCCGGUCUAUGCCCUCCUCCCCUUCCAGGAUGCCAUAUGGUGGAGGGGGCAGUGGGGGAGUGCGGGACCCCAGCACUACAUUAGCACAGACACUUCGCCUUUCGGGAGCAGGACGAUCUAGUGCCAUAUGCACCAGCAGUGCCAUCCUGUUGAGGAGAGAUGUCAAGCCUGAUGAGAACGUUGACAGCAGUAAGGUCAUGGCCUUGGUGGUGCGUGGUGAAGGAGGACCACAUCCAGACUCCUACUGCGCUUCCCUGCAGGAUGGAAUAGGUCGCCGCAGCAUCUCCUCCCAGUGCAGUGCCCCUCCAUCUCUCACAACAGAUGUGGUGAAUGUUGGAGUCCUAGGAAUCCCAGCAGGGCUGCAGCAGUACCGAGCCUCCAUUAAACCCCUGAUGGGCUAUGGAGACAGCCAAUCUAAUCUAGAGGAUGGGACCCAUUCCCUCCACAGGCGGAAGAGUAGGAGGUAUGCUGGCGGUCAGCUUCCCCCAAUGGGAACCAAAAUCCUGCCUAGUUCCCCUCACAGACUCAGUGAAGUCAGGAUGUUUGAUGGUGGACAAAUCAUCGGAGGUGUGGGCCUAGUGUCUCCUGAGAAGAAGUCACUGAUUCACCGGUCCCUGGGGCAGGACUAUAACAGUGCUACACUAGAGAUUAUAAGCAGAAGCAGAGGAAGUGGAUCCUCAUCCUCCACCUCAUCUGUUUUUGCUGACAGUCCUGUCGGACAAACUAAGAGACUGUUUCAGGGCCAUAUGAAUGCCAGCAAUGCUCAAAGUGAGAGAAUCAAAGCCAUGGAGGAGCAGAUAGCCAGUCUAACGGGGCUAGUGCACCACGCUUUGUCCAUAGGACCAGGAGACAAGGAUGCUGUCAGUGAGAGUCCAGAAUGCAACCUUAUAAACAACAGACUUGGAGUAUCAUCUGAGCCUCAGAAUCCUGCUGCUUUGACUGACAGCUUUACCUCCAUCCAUCCAGCUCCUCGGGCCCCUGCUUCUGACAGCAGAAUGCAACAGCGUUUAGUGUCAGCCAAGAGGAAUGUGUGUGAGCUGCGAUUCCAGUUGAACCAACUCAGACAGUUACAGUUAUCAAACCAGGAGACUGUGAGUUCUACACUGCAGAUGGCAGGCCGCGAGCUAGUGGUGUUGAUGUGUGAUCGGCUGGCUCAAUUUGAGGAGGCAGCAUUCAGACAGAGAGCUGAAUUGGAAGAGGAGAGGACCCUCUACCUUGCUGAAGAGGAGAGAAUACUCACACAGCUUAGUGAACUGGAGGACUAUGUGGACCAUUUGCAAAGAAGCUCCAUUACCGGUACAAGCCAGCUGAGUGUAACUCUGAGAGACAUAGAGGAAGGAGCGAUGAGCCUGCGGGGGGUCGGGGAAACUCUGGCCAUUCUCAAAGGUGAGUUUCCAGAGCUGCAGAUGAAGAUGCGCUUGGUGUUGAGGCAGGAGGUAGAGGCAAUGCGUUUCCUGAAGGAGGAGCCUCUUAAGAUGGACUCGAUGUUAAAGAGGGUCAAAGCCCUGACUGACACCCUCAGCUCUCUCCGCAGGUGUGUGUCAGAGUCAGUCCCAUCACCCAGAUCAAUCCAAUUAGAGCCGGUAGAAGCUGUUGAACUGGGCAACGGACCAGCAAAGACCCAGAGUCUUCAGAACUCCCCAAAACCCCAACCUCGGUCCUCAGUCAGGCUGCCUCAGCUCACUCCUUCUCUCUCUGGGAGCCAGGCUGAGACCAGCUUGGUGGGCUUGCCGUCUGCGAUUGUGGCCCACGGAACGAAGAGCACAGCACCUUCUGUGGUCCAGACCUCCCAAAAUUCCCCCGGUCUCCCUCUGAAACCCAUCCCCGGACGGCACUCACCCACUGUGGCUAAGGUGCAUCCUCGCAGCAGAGAGGGCAGUCCCGCCCUGCAGAGGAGAACAGGUCUUCAGGAGUCUGACGAACUGGACCAACUUGCACCAACACCAGCAGAACACACCCACAGUGAGCGGACCAUGACAACAGAGAAACAAACUCAAGGGCACAGCCUCAGUGGAAAAGCCAGCUGUAUGAGUCAGUCCAGCCCCAGCCGAGUGAAAAAGCCAGCCAACUUCAGUUCUAGCCACACUCAACCUCCCAGCACCAGUAUCGACUUUAACCAGGUCCUACAAGAGGUCCAGGCCAGCGUAAUGGAGUCUAUCCCUAGUUUGGAUGUGUCAGAAUUCAGAGUGAACAAUUCUGCCUCACAACAUACAGCUCGACUUGCAUCAAAAUCAGAACAGAACACACCUCUGAACCUGACACUGCAAGGGGAGGAUCAGGCACUUGUAUUUGCCUCCCAGCAAGACACACCUUCCAAACAAAGUGAUCAAGGGGACUCCACUAAUUUAAAACCCCCAAACACAGCUCCAGCAUCAGUGUCACAGCUUCCUGCAGCCGCUGUGGACCUUCAGUCAUCGGCUGGUCUUUCAGCUACCUCAUCAGCUUCUCCUGGUGCCGAGUGCAGCAGCCGGCCACAGGUGGAAAAACCACGCCGCUCCAGCUUAGAUAAGGAGAUGAAGCACAGUCCAGACAGGGCAGGCAAGAGCCCCCCUCUUCCUCCUCCUCCUCCACGGAGAAUUCAUGCUGUCACUUCAGUUCUUACAACAGGAAGGUCAGGAGAGGUGGUCUUUGUAACUAGGAAAGAACCUGUUGGAGCCCAGCAGUCUGCACAGGAUGAGGCUGAUAAAGAAAAAGAGCUAUCUCUAGUUCCUCAGCUCAAACCUCCACGACAGCCACCAGAGGUCAAACACAAACCCCAGAUGUUUACUGCUGCACCUCUGGCUAUAUCCACCUCUGCCCCUGCUGCAGUGUCAGCACAAAGACAAGAGGAGGAGGAAGAAGAAGAGGAGAAAUUCUUGAAAGAGCUGCAGGUGACAGAACUGGCAAAUAAGAGUCACUCAUCAGGUGGAAAUAAACAAAAUGCAAAAAAGGAGAGGACAUCUCUAAAUUCACAAGUAGCUAAUGAGUUAGCAAUAUGUGACCAACAGUCAGACCCUCAGCUGUGCUUUACAAAUGACUACCCUCUUAAACUCAUAACAGCAGCUGGACUAAAAGCACACAGGGAAGGUGGGGAAAACUGUCUCGCUGAGAACAAAGUGGAGACGGUAAUUGAACAAGUGCCUUCUUGUCCAACAGUAAAGGAUGUGGAGAUAUUUCCACUGGGAACUUUAAAAGAUGUUAAACGUUUCUGGAACGAUGAGGAGCCAACAUCAAGUCAGGACAAAGAUAUAAAAAUAAAUGAACUUAGAGUAGGAAGAGUUUCACAGAAAGAAAAUAUUAGAACUCCUAAUCAAGUGAAAGAGUUUGUGGGACAGGUAUCGUCGCCAGCCGCAAAAGAAAAGAAGGUCAAGGUUACAACAGUUGUCACUCUACAGAAAGAAAACAUUCAAGGAUGUGCCAAAAGUCCCAAAGACAUGAAUGAAACCGCCAAAGAAGCAUCAGAGAAGAAGUCUAAUGUGAUAGUAGAAACCAGAGAAAAAGAGAGGACAUCAGGACCACCAGUCCAGCAGAAUACGUCACUGAGGCCUGACCAGGAGUGUGUAACUUCAACCUCCGUUACAAAAUCUUCCCCAUUUUCACCCAUCUUAAAUUGUAGUAGCAAGCAGGGGAACCUGGAACAAACAGUGCUAGUAUCCGGUAACCAGUUGCAAUACACGGAAGAUGGAGGUAGCCUGAGCUGUGAUGAGGCUGGUGAGGGACCUCCCCCUCCACCCCCUCAGAUUUGUAAAUAUAGCCGUAUAAUCUCCAAGACCAGAAUCAGACCACAGUCCAAAGAGGAAACCUUAGCCAAAAUGAAUGGCUCCCAAAUACAAACAGUAUCUGGGGACACCGCUGGUGAGCCCACCUAUGUAAGACAUGAGAAUCACGGUUUUGAGGACGGUAAUGAUCAGUUUGACAGAAAACCUAUUAUUGUUAUCUUGAACCAGCCCGUGGACAUUCAGUCGGCCUACAAGCGGCUGUCUACAAUCUUUGAAAGUGAGGAAGAUACUGAUGGGAUUUUUUCUCCAGAGAGCAUUUCAGAUGAGGAAAAGACAAAGCAAGAGGAAGAGGAACAGGGUAUUAGAAAAAGUGGUAUCACGAAUAUUAAUAUCGGAUCACUCACGACAGGAGAUGGUCAGAAUCCUCCACAAAUACAGCAUGAAGGACCUUCAACAGAUAAAAGCUCCGUUCUUGAAAACCAGGGCCAGACUAAAUCACCUUCACUUAAAAAAACCGAGACAAAAAGGAAAUUUAAAUUCAAGUUCCCUAAAAAUAGACUGACAGCAUUUAGCCAGGCUAUCAGAACAGGGAACAGGGUCAAACAAAACAGGGAAGAAGUUGUUGUUGAUGAGGAGGAAGUAGCAGAAUAUGGCACAACAGUCAAGGAGACCAAGAGCCAGACAAAUGAAUCGCAGAUGUUUAAAAUUAAUAAAAUGGAACAAAUGAACUUGGACAAAAGCAAUGCCUGCGACAGAGACAUCAAUAUCUUCUCUUAUAUUAAUACCAGACAUUCAGAGUCACAUAACUGGGUAGAAGAGCUCUGCAAAAAUACAUUCGACUCUAUAGACAGUCUAGAGAAGUCGAUUAAACAGUUGGAAAUCAGUGUGGAGAGUAUAACUGCCCCUGCUUCUUUAUGUGACUCAACUGACAAAGCUCAGCUUAAAAGAAAAAUCAAACAAGAACAAGAGAGAAGUCCGUCCAAAAGGUCAGCGACUCAGAUCACUAAGGGUACAGAUCCACCUGAGAGUAAGAAAGCCAAACCCCAGACUGCACGCGACACCGACAGAAACGGCAGCAAGAAACAGACUUCCAGCAGCACCUCCAGCUCUUCUGCUCUGCGAUCUCAUGCCAAAUCUCACCGUGCCUCUGGUUCACCAGAGAACACUCCUAAGGGCCAGCAGCAGAUCACCCAGAAACAGGCCAGCCAGCCACGCCUUGUCAGCACACCACGUUAACAUGAGUCCAGCCCACCGUGGGCUUCGCAGCAAUGGCAAGUGUCAGCAUCGCCUCGUCUUCACCUCCACCUCCAUCGCGUCCACCUCGGCUAAUAUUACUCCUCACCCUCCUCCUCUACCUCGACUUCUUCCCCAUUUUCUUCUCCCCCAUCACAGUGACUCAAGGGGCAAAGAGUGUACCAACCCCAGCAUCCAACCCCAACUCUGAAGGAUGUAGCAAGAAAUGCACAGGGAGCCAAGCUGUACGUGUGCUGCGCACGCCGGGCACCGUAAUGGCUUCAAAGGAUACAGACACAGUGUCACAGUGUGUAAUGCAUGUAUAAUGCUGCAUUUAAUGGCAUCUGGAAACACAAAUGUCCUGAACAAUAUUACUAUGAAAGAAAAUGCCACACAAGACCACACAGGCCAAAAAAGUAACUGAGAAAAAAAAUGUGUCUAAAAAAUCCGAAAUCCAAAGAUACCCAAUAAAUAAAAGUGUCAUAAAGAUGCCCAGUUGCUUUUCUUUCCAAGUGCUACAUGUAUAAUUUUAUCCAUGCACAUAAACAAACCUUGUUCUUAACGUGUGUUUAUCCCCUAAUCACCAUUAUCAAAAUGUGAGAUGAAAAGAAAUUAAGGUCCGGUGAAGACGGCAUCUCUUUAGCUCUUCAGUCCUUCACAGAGAAGUCCAGAUGUUAGAACAGUGUGUUAAAUUUAGCAUGCUUCACCAAGCUUUUUUAGUCUUCAGCCUGUAUGUCAAAAAUAUAACCAGUUAUGUUGAAUAAAAUUGUCUCAGUAUAUUACCUUGAAUCCAUAAAUAUUUUUUUUACAUGAUCUUCAUGCAAAUGUUGACCCUGUUCUUAUGAGCUCAAUGACUGCAGAUAAUCAAGUGAAAAUAUUUCCCAGCAGAUUGUAAAUGACUUCAAAUCAGCUCGGCCUUACCCAUGCACUGCACUAAAUCGCUUAAGUAAUUUCAUGAACUGAAUAUAAAUGCUAGGGCUAGUUUAGUUCAUUAGCAUAAUAUAUAACAGGAACACAGGGAAUAUUUUUAACAGAGUAAUUAUCUUUAUUAAUGAUGCUCACAACCUAGCAAGGUUUACUUCUAGUCGAGUAUUUUCAUACUACUGGGGCAUUUAUUAAACCAAAUACUUCUUUCACCACUGGUGUUUGUCAGUAAAUAUUUUGAUUGUUACCGUAGAAGACAUUUUUAAGAUAUUUUUCCUCUUUGUUGCAAAUUUGAAAUGCUUAGUUUUAAAAAAAAAAAAUCCUAACGCUUCUUCCUCCUGAAAGAACUGCAAAGAUGUCCAUAGACAGUUCACGAGACUUUCAGUGAAAGACAGACAUUGCUAUGGUUUAGUCUGCUCCAUUGAGUUACCAGUUAGCUAUUCAUUAGUUGAUAAAUCAGCUGAAAUCCAUUGAACUGGAUUGCCCAUUGGUUGGGCGCUGUUUUUUCUGCCUGUCAUAUUAUCUUUGUCUAUGAGUUAACUUCACAAGAUGCCCACAACAUUUACACCCAUUGGUCAGUUCUUCAGAAGAGAAAUUGAAUCAAAUAGCACACUGUAGUUGCUGUGUUCAUCAUAAUGAAGCCAUGGUUUAAUAUUUUUCAAAACCAUUUUUCCAGAAAGCUUUUCCUGGUGUUUUUUUAGGUUACAGCAGAGAGCUUUCUGUUUUGGGGGUUUAAUACUGCUGAAUAUAGAGGUUGUGACAAACGAGUUUAUCCAAAAGACAAUCCAAUACAGACUGUAACCUGUUUAAGAAUUUAAUGUGUAAAACUGUCUAUAAAGAGCUUUUAUGUAGCUGCUUUUAACAUGAAGUGCUGUGCAAAUGUUUCAGGUAUUAAAAGUAAAGUGUUAAAAACUGA